AUGGCUUCACAAUUCCUUCGUACCAGUAAUUCUCGCAUUGUUGCUGGUGUUUUUGCGACACUUGGAGGAGCUUCUGCUAUUUAUACGUUGACACCUGAGGUUGGUUGGGUUCUUCUAGGGAAACUGGGCUCAAAUUGGCUUGGCAUUAGGUUCUAGAUAUUUUAGAUUCCAAAUUCUCAAUAAUCAAUACUUCCAGGCUCAAGCAAAAUCUCAAAAAUCAGCUGGAUCUGUCGAUGCUGCAACAAUCAAAAAGAUCGAAGAUGCUUAUGCAAAGUUGAAUGGACCAGAAGGUGCCAAGUGCAAAUCACUUCUCAAAAAACAUUUGACCAAAGAUGUUGUUGAGAAAUUGAAGACAAAAAAGACGAAACUUGGAGCAACACUUUAUGAUUGUAUUCGUUCGGGAGUUUAUAAUCUUGAUGCUGGAGUUGGUGUUUAUGCACCAGAUGCUGAAGCAUACACUUUGUUUGCACCAUUAUUCGACAAAAUUAUCGAAGAUUAUCAUGGUUUUUCGCCAAAGCAAAAGCAACCAGCUGUUGAUUUGGGAGAGGGAAAAACACAAGAAUUCCCACCAUUGGAUCCAAAAGGAAAAUAUAUCAAAUCAACUCGUAUUCGUUGUGGAAGAUCUUUGAAAGGAUAUCCAUUUAAUCCAUGUUUGACACAAGAUAAUUAUUUGGAAAUGGAGGGAAAAGUCAAGAAAGCUUUUGCUGAAUAUGAUAAAGAAUUGAAAGGAAAAUAUUAUCCAUUGGAUGGAAUGAGCAAAGAAACUCAAAAUCAAUUGAUUGCCGAUCAUUUCUUAUUCAAAGAAGGUGAUAGACAUUUGCAAUAUGCGAAUGCUUGCAAUUUCUGGCCAAAAGGACGUGGUAUUUUCCAUAACAAUGACAAGACUUUCCUUAUUUGGGUGAAUGAAGAGGAUCAUAUGAGAAUUAUUUCGAUGCAAGAAGGUUCGGAUGUUGGACAAGUUUUGAGUCGAUUGAUUAAAGGAGUUCGUGGAAUUGAGAAACAAGUUCCAUUUUCACGUGACGAACGUCUUGGAUGGCUCACAUUCUGUCCAACUAAUUUGGGAUCAACUGUUCGCGCUUCAGUUCAUAUCAAACUUCCAAAAUUGUCGGCUCGUAAAGAUUUCAAUGCGAUUUGCGAGAAAUUGAAUCUUCAAGUUCGUGGAAUUCACGGAGAACAUUCGGAAUCGGCUGGAGGAGUUUAUGAUAUUUCCAACAAGGUAAUUAUGAUGGGGAACUUUUUUGGAAUUUAGAAAUUGGGCUUUGGAAAUUACUGUUCUGCAAAAGUCUAAGAAUUUAGACUUCAGACUAACUCAUUUUAGAGACGCCUUUGAAAAAUUGUUUAGCUUGAGAUUUUUAAGAUUUGAUAAAUGUUCAAGCUCAAGAUUCCAAAAAAUUUCCCUGUUUUUAUUUCUGGGACCCAAUUUCAAUUUUCUAUUUUUUCAGGCUCGUCUUGGAUUGUCUGAAUAUCAAGCAGUCAAACAAAUGUACGAUGGAGUGAAGAAAUUGAUUGAAAUGGAAGAGAAGGAGAAGUAA